AUGUACAAAAGCCAUGGAUCGCACAAUCUGCUGGCGCAGGUACCAUUAACAGUAUCGCCAUUUAUAUCGUUGCCAACAGCUGUAACUCUUCCGUACACAUACAAAAACGUUCCAUCAUCCCUACCACCAUCUGCCACGGUGGACUCAAAUAGUACUGAAAAGCCAAAAUACGUGGUGUCAUCCAGUGGCCACGCAGCCCACCCUGAUGAGAUCAUCGCCUCUUGUAAGGGUCUGCAAGAGCACCUACAGAGAGCAAAGGAUGAAGCGGCAACGACCCUCAAGGAAUGGGAGAAGAAGAUCAAGGAAAAGGAGUUGGCUGAAAAGCGCAGAGUAGCACCUGGAUGGCUUGACAGGGAGGAAAAAAUCCUGGAGCCUACUAAAGCAAGGAGGUCGCAGAACCAGCCAGACCUCCUGGAUAGCCAAAGUUUAGAGGGCGACGCCGCGACGAUGCUUCCUACAAUAGCUCCGUCUCGAGAAGGUGAAGAAUUGGAUCGGGCUUUUGGUGGGUUGGAUGUGAAGUGA